ACAGAACACAAACACUGUCACACACACUUACCUUAUUCAAUUUCUACAAUAAAAAAAUAAACACACAAUUUAAAAACCAAACUUCCGAACCUAAGCACACUAUAUAUGUAAAAUACACCCACAUCAAAUUAAAGAUAACAAACUCAAAUAUAAUAGGAGCAAAAAUAGAGAGAAAAAAAAAACACUCUUUCUCUCUCUAGUUGUUGAGAGAGAAAGAAAUGGGAUUAUGGACGAAAUGCAUAAUCUCUCUCCUCUUGAUUGGUGGAAUCAUGAUAGCAGAAGGAGGAAGUAGCAGCAGAAGAAAUAGUAGUAAACACAAUACUAGUAAAAGAAAUACUAUUAUUAGUAACAAUAAUAAUAAUAAUAGCAACAAUAUUAAUAGAAAUAGAUGUGAUUAUUUCAAAGGAAGAUGGGUGGCUGAUUUCUCUUUUCCUCUUUACAAUUUCUCUGCUUGCCCUUUUAUUCAGAAGGAAUUCAAUUGCCUCAAAAAUGGUAGAAGAGAUCAACUUUAUCUUCAUUAUGGUUGGAAGCCUCUUUCUUGCAAUUUAGCCAGAUUCAAUGCUCGAGAUUUCUUACAGAGAUUUAGAGGGAAAAGCAUAAUGUUUGUGGGAGAUUCACUAAGUCUAAAUCAAUGGCAAUCUCUUUCAUGCCUAUUAGUCUCGGGUGUACCUACAGCUAGAUAUACUCUCACACGACAAGAUAUGAUUUCUACAUUCACUUUUACGGAUUAUGGAGUUAGAGUGAUGAUAGACCGAAGUGUGUAUUUGGUAGAUGUUGUAAGGAGAAGAUUUGGAAGAGUUCUAGACUUGGAUUCUAUUACUGGAGGUAGAUUAUGGAGAGGCAUGGAUAUGCUCAUCUUCAACACUUGGCAUUGGUGGGGUCGUCGUGGACCCACACAACCAUGGGACUUUAUCCGAAUCGGAAAUGUAACGCUUAAAGACAUGAAUCGCAUGGUUGCCUUUGAAAGAGCACUUGGUACAUGGGGUCAUUGGUUAGACACCAACAUCAACCCUUCAAAAACUAAAGUCUUCUUUCAAGGAAUUUCUCCCUCUCAUUACAAUGGGAGUGACUGGAAUGAGCCAGGGGCUAUAAACUGUUUAAGACAAACACAGCCAGUGAUAGGGUACAACUACCCCGGACCGAUGCCUGAAGCCGUGACAGUGGUGAAGCGAGCUCUAAGCAAGAUCAAGACGCCGGUGACAUUGCUUGAUGUUACACAGCUAUCAUUGCUAAGAAAAGAUGCACACCCUUCUAUUUAUGGGCUCUUUUCAAUGGAUUGCAGUCAUUGGUGUUUGCCUGGAGUUCCUGAUGUCUGGAACCAAAUUCUUUACAAUUACAUUCUUUAACAAAAAUCCCAUUUAUACCCAACACAUUAUUCUUGUUAUUAGGUGAGGUGAUUAUCGGCCAUUUGAUCUAUACCACUAUCUUAGACUAUAUUUACACUCAGUUAUUACAUUUGUAAUUUGCAUUUUUUGGUUUUGAUAUCCAGAAUAUAUUUACUUUUUACUUUUGUAGACAUUGUAGUAGUUAAAAUCAUUUUGAUUGAGAUAUAUUCUAGACAAUUCUAUUGUCUGGAUAUCCAAGCAAUAAAUUGUAGCUCAUUUUCUC